GAUAAUCUUACCUUACCUUGGCUUUAUAUUCCCUCUCGAGAUCAUUCCUGCAUUCUCCCAACAUAAACGAUGAAGUUAACGUUGAAGCCAACACCGCAAUCAGCCUUUUAACACCAAAAAAGCUUAACAAUUAUACUUUUGCCCAUCCGCUCUACCAUUUCCCAUUUGCCGGACUCUCUUGUUCAGACUCUCCCACGUUCGGCAACGUCGAUACCAAAUGCUAGAUACCACCAACGAAAACUCGCGACUCCGGAGUGAAAACAUCAACAGCACAACAGGAACUCCGUCCAACCUCUCAUCGAUCCGUUUUCAGAUCUUGGCAUCUCCACGAAGUGAUACAUUUAUCCAAAUUCGGUCUUAGGCAUACGCAUACAUCUAUUCCUCUCUCUCUCUCUCUCUCUCUCUUCCUUACCUGCAACCCUUCAUUCAACUCCCGCGCCUUAGACCUCAUACGGACGGACAUGCCCAACCACACCACGCCCAUGACGUAGUUUCUAAACCCUCGAAUCCACCUCCUCAGAUUAUCAAUUAUCAUCACACACACUCUCUUCCCUACCCAGCUACCAAGCUACCAAGGACGAACAAACACCAAGCGUAUCUUUGGAAGGAGUUAGUAGUUUACCUGCUUCAUAAUACAUCAAGCUUUUGUCUUACCUUUGUGCUUGAUUUUUUUUUUUUCUCUUUCUCUCUUCUCUUUAUUAAUUCAAUCAUCUUUUGGGUUGCUUCAAUUGCUUGUAAGAUUCAAUUGUUUAUCAAUCACUAAUCACACUCGAAUAAUCCUUUGUUGCUUCAAGGAAACUGGAGUGAUAAACUUCAUUGUCAUCAUCUUUUAUACGAGACAGAUAGAUACCUCCCUACCUCCCUACCGGUACCUCUUCCAAGCAAAGAAAGAGAACAACUUGAUUGUCGCAAUACAACUAUUACAUUACCACACUACCACACCACACCACACCACACCACUACACUACACUACUACCCUGCACCACCAUCCAAUUUCCAUCCUUCAAAAUGGCGAUUAUCUGGGGUCUAGAUCUCCGGGACAUGCAAUGGGGCAAGUUCAAGGGAAAGUACAUGUUCAACCACGUCUACCAUCUUCGCAAAACCAAGAUGAUCGUAUAUCAAAUCGCCAUGAUUCUGUGUGUGUGUUCGGAAUCCGUUGGAACGGCGGCUCUAAGUGAUUACGUCGAUCAACGAGACGGUAUUAAAUCGCGUUACGGAUAUCACACAUCAGUUCGAGAUAUCGUUGGUAUUUUCUCCUUCAACAUCUUUGUCGGUAUAGCCGUCGCAACCAUUUUUGGUUCCGGCUUCUUCUUCGAUCUCUUCUGGCCUCAACGUCAUGAAUCCCUUGCAGUCAAGAAGGCAUGGAAGAUUUGUUCCGUCCUGAUGUGUUUCCUUACUUUCGCAGAUGCUAUUGCUCUUACCGUCAUUGUAGCCACUCAACGCGCAACGAUCGAUGGAUUAACCAAUUCCGAAGCACAACAAUAUUUCGACAUGAACGGUCCCCCAAAUCCAAUCUACCGCAAAAACGCAUAUUGUGUUGCUUCCGUCGUCCUCCUAUGGCUCGGUAUGCUAGGCACGAUCGCUAGUACAUAUAUUAUGUGGAAAUCACUUGCGCACGACAAGGUUCACGGACCAUUCGCCAGCAAUUUCGGGCCCAAAGAUGAGCCAUGGCAAAUCCACACCAAAUCCGUCGCCACCGAUGCCAACAGUCCAUCAAUGGUUGAAUCAGGUAUUGGUGAGCAACCCAUCGCUACCGCCAAUGAUCCAGUAGUGGCCCAACCAACUACUGCUCAUCAACCCGUCCACCACACAACUUGAGGUCCAUCUAUCUCACAUAUUCUAUCCAACACACAAGUCAUUCUUUCACGUGUGUGAAUGCGAAACGGAGGAUAUCACAAAGUAAUAAAUAUACGAAACACGAGCACCCAAAACAAAAGAGGAGAAACAGAAAUAGAAAAAAAAAACAAAAGCAGAGAAAUAUUUAUACCCCCUACAGCAAAAUAUUGAACGAGUUCAAUAUUAUUUUUGGAAAGGAAAGGAAAGGAAAUGAAACGAGAGGAUAGGAAUGGAAUGGAAAGCCGUGGGAAGAACGGUUUAUGUUAUAUUAUGUUACGUUACGUCACGCAUGCAGCAGGAAAUAAAUGAUACCAGGCAUGGAAUUGGAGUUGGGGGUUUUCUUUGAUCUUGAUUACUUUGAUUUAUGAAUUAACAUCCACCCACCUACCUACAAACCUAGGUUAGGGGAGGAUAGACAAUUCAUGAUAAUGCGGAGCGUGUAUAAUUAUUGUUUCCAAAAAAUGAGCGUACUUCGCAGAGAAUACUCUGGACUUGAUGUGACCCAAUUUGAUCGAUGGUGCAUUGUAAUAAUAUUUCAUUUGUUCGUGUUCGCCGUGGCACUUGUCCCAGAAUUAACGAAGCACACAUGAAUAUAAUUUUGAAACGGCCA